AUGGAGCUAAAGUUGGAGGUUGUUUUGUCGUCCAGCAUCAAAAGGAAAAAACCGUGGCCGCGAUUCUGCUGGCUUGGCCAGGAGAAGGAGUCUGUGUUCCUGUUAGAUGACAAACGGAUCAGUGAGAUCAACAUGGUGUCUGGGCGCACCAAGAAGAGGACCCCUAAACUCCACCCUUUGCUUAACAGUGUGGUGAUAAUGGCUUCAUCCCACAAUGGAAUGUGGCUUUGUGGACUCUUGGUCUCUGGAGAGCUCUUUCUGUGGAACAGGGACAAAGAUUUGUUGAAGACUGCUGCAGCAGCCCCAGAAACAGAUCACAUAAUUACUUCUGCUCAAAGAAAUGCCACGCGGCUGUCUCUCCAGGUUUCAGGAGAUGGGAUGCGUGUGCUACUGGUAGCUAUAACAGGACAAGUCUUCCUGUGGGAAUGUGUGGAUGUCAAGGAUUUGAUGGGAGUACGAGAUGGCACAGUCAAGGGAAAAUGGGCACAUAUACAGCCCCUUGAGGAUACCAUGCUUCCUUCUUCACAGGACAAAGAAGCAUCCCAACACACAAUUUUUGUAAAGACAGAGGCAAUUGGUGAUGCCUGCUUAUCAGCCCUUGUUUUCACAUCUGGGAAGAAGCUAAUCGUUACCUGUCUGAAAAUUCAGUGGGAAGAGGGCCACAUGAGAGUGGGUUCUGUGGGAUAUAGCGUUCAGUGGGCCACCAAAACAUACCCCAUGUCUCGUCUCAGCCCACCCUGCCAACCAGUUAAGUCUAGAGGGGCCUUGGUACCAGCCUUCUCCCCAGAUGGCCGACUGUUAGCCAUCGUCCUGAAUCAAAGACAGCCAAAGGCUACACAGGUCCUCUAUGUGAGCACACAGAAUUUUGUCUCAGUUUCAAGUGACCUUGGAGGAUGUGGAAGUAAGAAAAUGGAGAUCCCCUCUAAAUACAUAAGGUCCUACUGGGUGGGCAGUGUGAGCUGGUCACCCAGUGGCCUUUUCCUGGCUUGUGUUCUCAAGAGAGGCUCCCUUCUUAUGUUGGCUCGCCUUGGGGAGCUUCUCUCUCUAACGAGCUCCGGUUGCAAUGUUGACUUUGGGCCUGCACACUUCCUACCCCUGCACCCUCUCGUCACGUACCGGCCACCAGUGUCUGCAGGAAGAGGGGAGGCCUCUCUGUCCAGUUCUAGCUUGUCUGUGCGGGAUGUUCUGAGGCAGAGAUAUUCUGUGACCUGGCAUCCACGGCUGUUGUAUCUCAUUGUGUCUGAUGGCUACAUGGCCACAGUAAUGAGGGUUCUAGAUAGGCCUUCUCCUGCCAUGUUGCUGAAAACACUUCUUAAGGACGCAACCAAGGAUCUCGAGAAGGCCAGCCGGAUACUGGAUAAAUCACAGAUCCACGUGAGGGCAUGGUUGGAGUCUGCAUCUUGCCUGAAUCUUGACAUCAGCCUCGAGGCGCUCAACCCUACUGUUACCUGUGGGCCCAACGCCACAGACUCUGUUUUGUCAGCAGCUACACAUGGAUCCACUUUGCCACUUUUCCUGCAGGACCAGGGGACGCUGGUUGGAACCAAGGAGCUUCUUGAAAAAGUACAGACUUUCUUUGAGGAUGACUCUGAUUUAGAUGGACCUCCUACUGGUUCUCAUGUCGAGGAUGGCGGUCGUUUGGAGUUUGCCUCAAUGUUUGACACACUCCAUGCCCUGGACACACGCACUGACACUGGACUUUUUACUGGUCCAGAUUAUGAUAAGGACUCUGAAACAGAGAGUAGGACUCCUCUUCUUCAUCGCGAACUUGGGAAAAUCCAGCGUAAGCUGCUAACAGCCUGGGCUUUUAGCAUGUCUCUAGGAAAUGCUGUGGAACACAGAUCUCGCCUGCUAAAGCAUAUGCUCUGUUGUGUGGUGCGAUUUGCUGCUUUGCUCCAUUUGAUCCCCAGCUCCAUGGCCCACACAGGAAAAAAGAAUGCCUCAGUGUCUACUUGCCUCCUUCAUCUAAUCAAGGCCCUACUAUCUUUUCUUCCUUGGGAUAGCACUCACUCACAUGGGCCAUGCUGCCUGGGGCUGGUGGUAGAGCUCAGUAAACGACUGGUACGCCUCCUGCUGAACCCUCACCCUGACUCCUAUCAGACUGGUCACUGUCAGCUAUCAUCUCAAAGUCUAUCCACCACUCUGCAUAUCUUGCAGUUGGUUUCUGAUUCUCUUGACCACACCUACAGCCUGCAGCAAAGAACUGUCUGGUCCUCUGCAGAGAAGGAAUCUAUUUCCCAGCCACUACAGCUCUGGUCUUCAGAUGUACACUAUGUGCAUAUGCUACAGGAUGAGAAAGAAAAGACACUCAGCUCACCACAUCAGGCACAGCCUGUUCCCCAGCGACCAUCCAGCAGAUUGUUUGGCGUGUGGCGGUGGAUGUACAAGAUCACCCAGCAGUAUCUCGUAGAACUGAAAAGCUUUAAAGGCUGUGAUGGCUGGGAGGAGGAACAGCAACAGUUGUCUGUCAUCAUGUCACAGAUCCAAACAGCUCUGCAGGCAACAGGAGAAAAGCUUGAGGAGGGUCCUGCACUGCUGAGUUACCCAGGUGAACAUCUUUUCCUGUGUGGCUUAUAUGCAAAAAGUGCUGAUGCUUGGCGGUCACAAAUUUGUGAAGAGAGUGACAAAAGUUGUGAUCGUAGGGUCUUCCAGGAGGCACGGCUUUGUCUGGCACUCCUAUACAGUCUCUUGUCCCAGUACCGUCUAAGGGAAGCCCAGGAGAUGGGGGACCACAUGGCACGCCUAAUACUUCACAGGGCUGGACACCAGAAGGACAACAUGACCUGCGUAACAGGAGAUGCUGUUCCUUUGCCGUGGCUCCCGAUGGACCUUCACAAUGACACAGCCUCUGCAGUGGUUCAGACCCUGGGGAGAUUCAUGGCGUCUUAUUUUGCCAACCAGCCCCUCCACAUCCCGCCCCCUCACAAUGUUGCUGUCCUGCCUCCACUACAUUUACCUAAUGCCCCCAGUGUCGGGCGCUUGGUGCCACUUUGCCAGGAGGAGGUGGCUACAGCAGUUCGACGACAGCAUCUGUCAGAAGUGUGGACAGUGGACUACGCCCUGGACCUGCUCCUGCUAGGGGGUCUGCUUCCUGAGGCUGUGUGGUUGGCUUACCAUCUCGGGGACUGGAAGACAGCAGUGUCUCUGAGUCUGGCCUAUACAAGCUACUGCACUGACCACUUCGACUUUGCUCGGCUGAGGAGGAGAGAGCUCCACCUCCCUGCAGUUUUGGAAGCAGAGAGCAUUUUUCAGGCUGAGUUGGAGUGUCUUCUUGGCAAUAACUCUGACUCCCAGGAGAACAGGGACGAGGAUGGUGAUAAGAGCUUUACAGACCCUUUGGAAGGAGAAGACUGGGAUUUAUUGCAGGUUUCCAUACAGGAGAUUCUGAAAGCGUCAGUCAUGGCUGGAGUGAAUGUUAUGUCUUCACCCUUGUCUUCCUUGCUGGACAAAGCCAAAGACUUGUGUUCCUGCCUGCCUAUGUUGGUGCCACAUGGACUGUAUCUACCUUCCCCACCUCUUUAUUGCCCCCAGCCUUCCCCCAAUACACAGGACCCACUAGGGACAACAGGGCAGUUGGCAGAACUUGCAUUACGCCACAAAGUGUCUGGGGUUCUCCAAAGAUUACUUUUACUUCUGAGAUCUGCUCGUUGUUGCCAUCCUGCUGCCGAGUGGUACAUCACCCAUUUGCGCCGUGCCAGACACCUACUACAUAAGAUCAGGAAGAAGUACUCAUAUCCAGCUGCUGCUGAAGAAGAGAGAGCUUUCCCAGAGGGCCUGAUGAAGUUGGUCACCCGCAGUGGUUUCUUCAGACGGGGGCCCAACAAGGACGGUCAUUUGGACCCUGAUACCAUCCAAACUAUUAUCUGUUUCAGGGAGUUGUGUGGUCUAUGUUGGAUGCUGCAUGUCAGGGACCAACUCUCCAUUUCCUGCAGGAAGUAUCAGGCUGCCAGACAGCGUGCAAGAGAUGAACAGAUCCCUGGUGAUUCAGAAAUGAGAUCUAGCUGUGUAGACGCUCUCAGCUGGGCCUGCCGAUUUCUCCCUUUCUCUUGCUUCCUCAAUGCUGAAGAAGUUCUCCAGGACAUACUUCUCAGCCUUGUGUCUGAACUACCUCCUGUCUCUUUGGUGGCAGACAUGCUAGUGCAAGCUUUCCCCGAGGAGGAAGAGUCUGUUAGAGUCCCUCUGAGAGAAAAGUAUAACUCACUGCUGCAGAGACUGAGGCAAUGCAAUGUCCUUGAAAGUGAAGAAGAGGAGGGGAAUGAGUUGAUGAUGAUUCUGAUUCAAGACAAACACAGGCAGAGGAGAAAACAUCUUGGGCGUUUGCGGAGGCACCUGGCCCCACCUGAACUCCAUCUGUGGGAGAAAGAGGAGGAGGAGGAGGACAGGGGAAGCAAACAUGGGAUGGCCAUGUUGAGGCAACUCUCACUGGGUACAAGUCUGAGCACUAGCACUUUAACUGACUGUGGAUUCCCUCCAGUGUGCAGUGAUGGAGACACAGCAGAGAAUACAUCUGAGGCUAUCUCCCCUGUGCAGCAUCGCCAGCCCAUAACCAAGGACAAAAAAGCAAAAAAAGUAAGAGACAGAGAAUAUGUGAAGAAGACUGUUGUAAAGAUCGAAAGUGCCAUUCAGGAGGAGACUCACCCAGAUGAUACCAAGAGAAAUGAGAAGUCCUCCCUACCAGUGGUUGGAACCUGGGAGUUUGAGCUGGAAGAUGAAGAGUAUUUAAACUUCCUGGAGCUCUUCCUCAGCUACGUGCUAGAGAAAGACAGUGCUGAUGGAGGGGACCCAGGCAGUGAACUUCCUUUGCUGAAGGGCUUCUCCUCCCAACUGAGGGAGAGAGAGUUGCAUUCUCUCACUUUUGAUGUGCUCACAACUAUUCAUCGGCGUCAAAGAGAUGGCCAUCAUCCCGGGAGAAAACCCUGGAGCAAUGACCCUCCAGUUUUCCGAGCUGGGUGCUGCUACAAGCCCAUUAAACAAAGUACAACACCUGAACCGCAAACGUCUUCCAUCUGGAGUGAAGCCCCCAUAUCCAGAACUAAUCUUUCUGUCAGCUCCCUUCCGGGGCUGAGAACUGGCAAGCAAAAAGGUUUGUUUGGUCUCCGACAGCAAAGCAAUGUGCCUUUAACCCAAAAAAUGAAAGGAGGCCACUCUGGUUCUGAAACUUGCUCUACUCAAAGUGCCUUUCCUGUGGGGCAGCCAUCAGAGAGCUUGAUAAUUGGCUCCUCAUCGUCUGUGGAAGCUGUGAUUGAACUGCAGCAAGGCCUGGACCCCAAAUUAGAUGCUCAGUUUCCAGAUCUGGGGAGGCUGCUGGAAUGGAUGGUACGCUGGGCUGAUAGGAGGGUGCUACUGGGACAUCAUGGCAAAAAGAAGAAAGAGAGGGGAGGAGGGGUUGGACAAACAGCUGAUGAAGGAGUAGUGAUACGUGUCAAAGCCUCAGCGCCUGCUGUCCUCACUUCCCUCAGCUUACUGGAGUGGAGGUACAGUGCUCUACUCGGCACAGACCUCUACAGUGCCCACAUCCAGGUUCCAGAAACACAUUGGACUGUAGCCCCUACGCUGCAACCUGAGGUGGACAGGAAUCUGGAGAGAGAGAGCAGUGUUGAUACAGGCUACCCUGGGUCAGCCAUCACUGGUCUUGAUCACAAUCAACAGCAAGGAGAGCAGUCCAUUGGUUCAUAUACAGAUGAACCAGAGGAACUGACAUGUCACAGGAGGCCUGAUGAGCAGGAUCAACUGACUUGUGAUGCUCAGCAGAGACAGUUCAGUUCACAAAAUCCAUCUCUCGAUGACUUAGAUGUUACACCUGAAAAAGAAGGCAAAAGUAGUGACAGUGAGGGAUUGGAAAUGUCAUCCUCUGUUUCCCAUGGAAACAUCUGCACACCUGAAACGAGUUUAAGGCUUGCAGACCUGGACUUUUCAGAGGAUAUUUCCAGCUCGACCUCUCUAAGUCUACAAGCUCCUCCACACCCACAGCCCCAAGCUCUUCCUACUGUCCAGCCUGAGGCCUCGGUUCAUGCAGAGCUUCCUGAUUCAACUGGAGGGCUGCUCCCCAAUACACCUGUAGAUCCUCCAAGCCUUCAGCCACAAAGCUCCACAGCUGGUGGACCUACUGCUGUUUUUACAGCUCCCAAUCAGCCGUCGUCCUCUCAUACUCCACCAAUGAGACAGCGACUGGGUGAAGACUUAUUUAGACUGGUUCAGAAUAUUAACUACAUGAGCCUGAUGGAAGUUUUAGGAGCUUCAUUUUCCAACCUGCAACUUGCCCAGCAGAGCUCUUCUUUGGCUCAGUCUAACAUGGACUCCUCACACCCUAAUGUGCCAUCAUCUUAUGCAACCAGUUUCAUCCCUCGCCCCAAUGCCUUGCCUGUUCAAACCACCAUUUCUGUGCCAAGUUCAGGAUCCAACAACCCUCACUUCAGUCAGGCCACUGCAUGCAUGUUUGCAGACCAGCCGGCUGUACAGUGCUCAGGGAAAACCUUUCCGACAGAUUGCCAGCAUCAAAUCACCAGGAAAAUACCCUCCACUGCCAGUGGUGCAGGUGUAAAUUAUCAGGAAAUGCAGCCACUCUCUGUCCAGGCAGAGUCACCUGAAAACCAGGUUAGACAGAGCAGGAGGUUAAUCCCAUCCUCCCAGGGACUCCUGGCCACUACUGACAUCAGCCACGCUGUCCUGAGUGCUCCUGUGCUCCUGCCUUCUGAUGGCAUACAAAAUGACCCUGCUCCCCAGGUCUUGGGCCUGAAGUUACUUCAGCUCCACCGUCCUCCAUUGCCCCAACAGAGUGCCCCGCCCUAUCCUCCAGCCCAAGUGUCCCACACGCUGCUCACUGCAAACCCUGCAACUCUAGAAUCCAAUCAGCCCAAGCUUAAACACAGUCACCAAGGUGCCGCAAAGAGGGCAGAAGAAGAAAAUAGAAAUAGGUCUUCCGUUCCAAGAAGACAACUCAGUUUUAAUCGUCCAUAUGAUGCAGCUCCCAGGAGCUCUCAACCUCAGAUUCAGACAUCAGAGAGGUCCAGGGGACAGGAGUUUUCAUUACUUCCUCCUUCUUUAACAGCUCACACACCUGCACCAAUGCAGGGCCUUCGCCUGCUGCACUGUCAGCCUGUUCAACACAGCAACAUAACGUUCCCUAAACUACCCUCACCAUCUUCUUCUAGGCCAUUCACUGUCUUUGCAGCUCCAAUUGGAGAAACACCUGUGAUCAAGCUUCUACAUAUAGAGUCUCGACCAAAAAUGAUUUUGCCCCAGGCAGCUCCUUCGACCCAAAUGACCCGUCUCAUCUCCAUGGAGGAGUUGGCAAGUUCAGUGAUUGGGAAGCAAAACACUGAAGAGGCUCGACUGCAGCUGCUCAGAGCAGACCCACCUACUGAAAGCAGUAGACCAGCUACCACUUCUCCCAGCUCUAACUCCAGCAAGAGGCAGAAGAGGAGAGAGGAGAAGGCGGGGAGGGCAAGAAAAGCAGAGGUCACAUUCAGACCAAAUGAGUCCAUCAUUCCUAUGCAAGAGCCAACAGAUGAGCCGGUAAAUGAAAAGCCUACAGUUGCAGAGGAGAUCACCCCUGGACAUGACUUUGCCAUUCCUCUUGGAUCCUUUGACUCUUUGCUAACUGGUGAGAGAUUAUUGGACAAGGCCAUGUCCACUUCAGCUGAGCUCCAUGCCUUUGCUUCCACGUGUAAAAGACCCCCAGAGUGCCAUGAUGCUUUCACCAACACAGAUCCAGCUUGUCCUCCCACACUUGUGGAUAAAGCCGUGUCUGCCUCUGAGACUACUUGUAGCCCUAAAUCACAAAGUUCACAGAAUUUCCAGAUUUGCAAUGAACAUCCUGUUCGAGAGACAGAGGAGACCCCAAAGAAACCAGAGAGGAUUCUGGAUCUGCAUGGUCGGCAGUUCAUAAGUGUCUUGGAUCUAGAAGACAAAGCACUACACCAUGAUUUGCCGCUGUGUCUCAGCCCAGGAGCACAGGACGUUCCUUCCAUCCGCCCUCCUUCACCCACUUCUGCUCAGCUACAUGUUCUUGCAACUUCUGUUAUUAGGAGCGCUGAUGCUGCUGCUGCUCCUACUGAUCCACAACCCUCAAUCACAAUUACAGAUAAUCUCCUGAAACCCACCACUCACCCAGAUAUCCCUGAGGAUUCUCCAUUACGCAGCUACAUGGAGCCCAGUACAGAUCCAGAGAGAAUCACUCCACAAGACAUGGCAGAUCCAUCUGACUCUGAGAUCUGUCAAGCCAUAAGGACGCAGAGUGUUGGACCUCACAGAGCCUCCUCCUCACCUCCUGCAGUCUGGUUCUCCUCUCGCCUGUCAGAGCUGGAUGCCCAGUUGGCUGCUCUACAGAACAUUGCAGACCAUCUGGAGAUGGACUUUUCCAACUCUAGGAUGCUGGUGAACACCAUCGAAAAUCUCACCCCAGUCUUGGCUCCUGCUGUGAAGAGCACCACAGGAAUAAAAAAAACUGUUAGACUGUCUGUCCCACGGGAAGCAUGGACACAACAAUCUGACAUUGUAACUGACCCGAGUACCUGUAAAGAGGAAGAGGAAAAUCAGGAAGACAAAUAUGUGGUUCAUAGUGACUCCUGCACUCCUGAAAGAAAACCUUUCAUGCCUUCUCACAGUCACAGAGCUGGUCCUUCCUGCCUUCACACCCCUCCAAAAAUGAAAGAUCAGUUGACUGAAGCAUCUGGAAUAUCUCUUGUAUGGGAAGAUGAGAAUCUGGGUCAGACUGGGCUAUCAGAUACAGCAGAGAUCUUAGACGAGUUGGUAAAGGAAGGGUAUUUAUCUCCGACUGACCUGGAUUUGUCCACUUCACAGACUGCACACCAUAGCAGCAGGCUGGAUCAGCAACAAAGUAGCUGGAUGUCACAGAAAAGUGUUCUUCCAGAGGAUGAGAGGAGAGAACUGAGAAUCUGGAUGAGAAGGAAACAGAGGGAAAGACUGGCUGUUUAUCAAAAACACAGAGAAAGCCUCAGGGAGAGCGAACAUAAACCUUUCUCUGCCUCUGGAAAAAUGAAAUCAACAAACAAAAAUCGAGCACCCAACUGGAGAACCAGAGAGGAAAAAGAAAAGCUCAUGCUUCUGGAGCAAUACAACCAGAGGACCCGUGACGCUUGUUCUCUGGUCACUGGCUGCUCCACCACUCCUCCGAUCAUACGCAGUUCUUCACAGCCUGAACGUCCUCCAUUGCCCUCCACCUCCACUCCACCACCUGGCAGCACUUACAGGGUUCACAGUGCGCUUGCCACUGAUAAAAGAAGUCUUAAGUCCCAGUCAGGGCAAAUUCAGCCCCACCUUCACCCAUGGACUGCUGAAGUGCAGGCACGGCCUUCAGAGGAUCACCACAAGAGACUGGGACUACAUAGACCAGUUUCCUCUCUGCCAAGGGACCGUCUGUCUCAGGUGACCAGACGUGGAAUGCUCACUGACACAAAGAGCCACACUAAACUGAUCAGAGCUAACCAGAGUGACGAACAGCAUGUCGGCUACCAGAGAAAGAUGCAGUUGAACAAAAGUCCUUCAGGAGGGACUGCUGUAAGGAGAGGAGUCCAGAGGGAGCAGACAAAGACAGAAGACAGAGAAGAGGUGAACCUUUGGGAGCCCACCUCAGAACUGAAUAGGCUUUUGGGCCUAGAUGAGUCAGAGUCUAAUAUAGGUUCGGCCACGCAGGAAGAUGGUGCCAGUGCUGGUGUGUCAUGGAUGGACUGGCUGGACAACCUGUCUGAGAGUGCCAGCAGCAGCCUUAGCAAAAUUGACUGGGCUGCUAUUGAGAGGAUGGUUGCUGCAGAGGAAGCUUGAGCUUGAGUGUCAUGUUGACAGUGACAUGUUAACAAUAAAGUAGAUGGUAUAUUACUGAAAAAAAACUUCCAAGAGUUUAUGUUUCUAUUAAAUACUAUACUAUAAAUCAGAAACAUAAACUGUGAUAAUAGAUAUUAUCAUUUAGAUAUGUUUAAUAAAUAAGAUAUGAUCUGUUGUGAUAUUAAAUGUCAAGACAGAUUGAUUUUUAUUUGAAAAGUACACCUACAAUAAAUUAUACGUUAUGUGAUAUAAUCACUUUCAUUUUCUCAUAUACUAUUUAUAAUAGAAAAUAUGUCUUGACAUCUGCAGUGAUGUCCUCUUCUUGAAAAUGUAGGUUUGUGCUAUUUGUGUAUGUGCUAAGUUUUCUAGAUUUAUAAUUUAUUUUUCUAGAGUUG